CGACCAUCCAACUCGUUCGAAGAUUUAAGUGAGAGGAGCAAAAGGCGAAAGACGGAAGAACUUCGUUCUAAUUUUGAUAAGGAGAUCAUAAUACAUGCUGCGAAAGUGGAACUGGGAAAAUCUGGAAAAAAAGAUGCAUCAAAUGUCCUAAAAGAUAUCACCAGUUCUCCGACACGAGCAACUAAAUAUAAAAAAGCAUUUUAUCUUACGAAAUCAAGUAAAGAGCAACCCUCCUUGACACCAAUGCAAGCUUUGCAAAUGUUUAUUGAUGCCGAUGUGACACAAGGACAGUACGAAAUUAUAAGAAAGACCAAUAAGAAGUUUUUUCCGUGCUAUAGUGCCUUACAAAAAGCCAAGUCGAUUACGGUAACGAGUACCAGUGCCGAAGCUCAGUUACAGCCUCUAAUGGAUGUUACCGUUAGGCGUUUAUCAGAGUACCUAGAAGAGGUAUUGAUAACUUUAAAGGAGCAAGAGCGUAAAUGCCCAACUAUAAUUAAUAAAUGGGGCUGCGAUGGGUCCCAACAAUCACAGGCAAGCAAAAACUAG